UGGCGUUCGGAAGAGAUGACUUUCUUAACCAUUGUUCUCCUUCUGCCAAUUUUGUUCGCGGUUCAACGAUCAUUGGGUUCGGAAGUAGCACGAUAUGAUAACUAUCGGGUGUAUGAAGUGACGGCAACUAGUCCGGCUCAUCUGGAGACACUAGACUUCCUUAAAUCGUCCAGUGAUAGUUUUAUAUUCCUAGAAAGCGGCAGUAAAGUGGGAGAUUAUUUCAACAUUGUCGUCGCGCCUCAUAAGUUGGCUGAUUUUACUGCGACCUUGGAGAAUGAAGGCAUGCCGGCACGGGUGCUGGAAAUGGAUCUGCAACAGCCGAUCGAAGCCGAGAGGAAUCGGAUAGUGUCCAAAAGAAUAAAAGGAAUUUUUGACUGGACAGAAUAUCGCGAUCUGCAGGAAAUUCACGAUUGGCUGGAAAAGCUGGCCCUCGAGUAUGAUCAAGUGGAAGUCAUUAGUGGAGGUCGUUCGUACGAAAACCGAACGCUGAAAGGAGUGAAAGUUUCGUAUAAAUCCGGUAAUCCUGGAAUUUUCAUCGAAGGAGGAAUCCAUGCCCGAGAGUGGAUUUCACCAGCGACUGUCACCUAUGUUUUGAAUCAACUGCUUACUAGUGAGGAAAAAUCGAUCCGUCACAUUGCUGAGAACUACGAUUGGUACAUAUUUCCCAGUGUUAAUCCGGAUGGUUACGUGUACAGUCAUCGAACGGAUCGGCUAUGGCGCAAGACUCGAACUCCAUACCCGGGAGGUUGCUACGGUGCAGAUCCGAACAGGAAUUGGGACUUUUACUGGGCUGAGAAAGGCUCUAGCCAUCGAUGUACCUCGGAAUCAUUCGCUGGGCCUCAACCGUUCUCGGAAAUAGAAACCAAAACUCUUUCGAACUACAUCAACUCCUUGCAGGGCAAGAUUCAAACGUACAUUUCCUUCCAUUCGUACUCUCAGCUGUUGCUGUUUCCGUACGGACACUCGAGUCUGCAUACCGAGAACCAUCAGGAUCUGAGUGAAAUUGCGAAAGCUACCGUUACUUCCUUGUCGCGAAGAUACGGAACCAAGUACCGGUACGGAAAUGUGUACGACACAAUCUACCCGGCCAGUGGCGGUAGCGGAGAGUGGGCUUACGGAGUUCAAGGUAUUAAACUGGUGUUCACCUACGAACUGCGACCGGCCCGAGGAUGGGUUGGAUUUGUGCUUCCGCCAGAGCAAAUUAUUCCCACCGGAGAGGAGACUCUGGAUUCCUUGGUGACCCUGGUUGAUGAAGCGUCUAAGCGAGGUUAUUAUAAAGUUGGAGUCGAUAGCUUCAAGACAUUGGAGAAAAAAUGUGUCUGCACGGAUUGAGCCGAUCGGGUGCAAUAGGAAGGUCGAAGAAACGAAUUCGACUGAACCCGUAGAUUGAUACUUCGAACAAGUUGUGUCGUUGACGAUUCCUUAAGGUUUUGUCUAGCUAAGCUGCUAUAAAAUUCUGAAUAUUACCUGAGUGUGAAGGAUUAGUUAAGUUUCCAAUAUGUUUGUAUGGUAAAAAUUAGACAAACAAAAACAAAAUGACUAAUGAAAGUCGUAGUUCAUCGCCCGAAGAUACAUAAUUAAUUGAAUAGAAGUAAAUUAACCGAUUUUUGGUGAUUCACAUUAAAAACGGUAAAUAAAAAUUUUCAACAUAUGAA